AUGGAGGCAGCGAACGGUGCAAUCGAGCACGAUUUUCACAAUGCUCUGGUCCCGAUAAACGGUAGCCAUUCCGGCAGUUCUGGUAGAAGUACACCAAACGGAGGUGAUCCAGCCCCUGGAAAACUCUUUGUCGGUGGUCUGUCGUGGCAAACUAGUAGCGAAAAGCUCAGGGAAUACUUUGGCAUGUUUGGAACCGUAACUGAUGUUCUCAUCAUGAAGGAUCCUGUUACACAGGUCGGUUUUAUCAUCAUGACUCUCGAGGAAUUAGAAGGAGCGAUCGCUUUAUAUGAGGCUGUUUGCAUCGCAAAGCCCCAAAAGGUAGAGAAAGCGGACAGUCGUGCAUCGUGGCCGUUCUGGCUUUAUCGGUUACAGCGUAGUCGUGGGUUCGGUUUCAUCACGUUCGCCGAGCCCGGCAGCGUCGACAAGGUGCUGAAAUGUCCCAUCCACACCCUGGACGGGAAGAAGAUCGACCCGAAGCACGCGACGCCGAAGAACCGCGCGAAGCAGGCUAAUCGGACGAAGAAGAUCUUCGUCGGUGGGGUGAGUCAGGAGACGAGUAGCGAGGAGGUGAAGGCCUACUUCAACCAGUUUGGCAAGGUCGAGGAAACGGUGAUGCUGAUGGAUCAGCAAACGAAGCGACAUCGGGGUUUCGGCUUCGUUACUUUCGAAAACGAGGACGUGGUGGAUCGCGUCUGCGAGAUCCAUUUUCACACUAUCAAGAACAAGAAGGUCGAAUGUAAGAAGGCUCAGCCGAAGGAAGCCGUUCAACCGGGUGCCUUAGCACUCGGUAAGAGAGUGGUUUUGGGCGCGUUGGGCGUUAGAUUGGCGCCCCAACCGCCGCUCCCGGUGGCCGCGGCGGCAUCUCAGAUCGUCGCCGCACAAGCGCAAGCCCAGGUACAAGCGGCCGCGGCACCUGCCCCGGCUCCGGCCCCUCCUGCGGCCGCCGCGGCUGCCGCGGCUGCGGCUGCGGCGAGUCCGGCCGCGGCGGCAGCUCCUGGCAAUCCCUAUCAAGGAUAUUCCCUGACAAACGUCGACAUGUCGAGCUUCCAAGGUGUCGAUUGGGGCUCUAUGUACGGCAUGGGCAUGUACGUCUAAGCUCCUUCCUUCUAUCGUCACACCUGUAUUUUUUCUCUUUCCUUCCUCAAAUCCUUUGCUUCCUCCGUCUCUCCUUACACUACUCUCAUGUCCCGUUCGCGUCGUUUACCUUUCGCUUGUACCAGCGACUCUUUCUCUCUUCCUCAACCAACUUUGACUUGUCGCCCAUUCUUCCUCUCUAUUCCUCUAUUUUCUCUUUUCUCUCUCUCUCUCUCUCUCUCUCUCUCUCUCUCUCUCUCUCUCUCUCUCUCUCUCUCUCUCUCUCUCUCUCUCUCUCUCGACCAUCACCAGCCUGACCGCCGACGCGAACAUUCGGAGAAAUCGAAUGCGAGAUUUACAAGUGCCUGCUGCUUAUCUCUCUGGAGUCUACGACGAUGACAACAACAUCAAUAAGAAGAUCCUCGUCUAUCUUCGCGAGAAAUAUCGAGGCAACAUCGAUCCUUUGGUAGAAGCGCGAACGCACGGCGCGAAGCGGCCGGACCUUGACAUAUUUGUUAUCUCCUUCAAGAUCAAAAGUUCAAACCGAUAAAGACUGGAAUACGGGUAUGUACCGCAGGAUGACUGAUCUCGUCGAUUAGAGAGAUAUUCGUAGCCACGAAUUCGAAUUAGAGGAAGAUGUAGCUGCGAACGAGUCGCGAUAUGUAUAUGUAUCUCUAGUUAAGGACGAGGCGAGCGCGUGGAGAAAAAAAAAGGGAAUAUCGAGGAGCGAGAAGAGAAACGCGAUGCUUCGAGACGAAUUCCAAGUUUUUUCUUUUCUUUUUUUUUUUCCUUUUUUCUUUUUUUUACGUUCUCUUCAUUGUUCUUUAUUGUCUCGAUUCGAAGCUAUCACGAUCUUUUGUUUUUUUUUUUUUUUUUUUUAUCCCCCUAUUUUCGAGUCGUACAUUCGUAUUUCGCGCUUGUCGAUUCCCAAGUUCCACGUUCCCCGUGGCAGUGUUACGGUCUCGUUGUUGCGGUUUCGUCUUGCGGCCCCGAACGUAAUUACUGAUUAUCAAUUUAAAAAAUUUGCGUCACCGAAUCGACCGAACCUUCGUUUAACUGGUCGUUCUCCUUUUUUAAAUGCGACGCGUGCAAGCAAUAAAAUAUACCGUGAAGAUAAAAAAGAAAAAGAAAAAAAAAAAACGGGGGUCAGGCGCGAUACCGCCAACAAACGGGAUAACACCUUCCAAUGGUCUUUGUCUCAGUUUAUUUAAAUAUUUUUUUAUUCUUUCUCAAGUUAUCUUUCUUUUCCGUACCCAGCGAGAAUCUGCUCGUGCAUUUUCCCGAGAGAUAGUCGAAAGUAUCUGUUAUAUCGAUCGUAUCAAUCCCAACUACGAUCGAUCUUUUUUCUCGACUUUCGACACUCCGUAUUUUUGUCAUUCUCGGGGAAGCGUAACACAGCGACUCUACACUUUCCGUAAAAAAAAAGACACGGGGACACGAGAGAUAUUUGCAUGUGUAUGUACGCAAAUAUAUAUAUACACACAUACACACACACACACACACACACACAUACAAAGAGCAUACAAAAUACAUACGUACACGUAUAUACAAGUGUGGAAGGUCGCUUCGAUCGACAAGAGUACAGACAAAUACGUCUAGAUAUAUGAUGUAUAGUGUAAUACAUAUAUAUUUUUCUUCGAGUAACGGAAGACAAUAUUUCUCCGAUCUUGGUCGCGCGUACAUUAAUAUUAAUAAUAACUUUUUAGAUGACGCGUUCGCGUAAGAUUAGUUCUCUUGCGUAAAAAGCUGGGUUAUCGUUACAUUUACACAAAUACACAUAUGCGCGCGCGCACGCACACACACACACACACACACACACACACACACAUGCAUACACUCAGAGAGAACGAGACACAUAAUUGUACGAGACACAGAUAGUAUUUAAAAAGACAUUUCGACAUCCGUUUUGAAAAAACCGCGCGCGCGUGUACUCGAUCGAAAAUGACUAUGAACAAUUCUUUUUGAAAGAUGAUGUAACGGGAAGGACUUUGUUUUCAUUGAAUUGCGAACUCGGCGAGUUUACUUAAACGGAAUAAUUAGUAGCGGUAACGACAAACAGUUUUGACGAAUAAGGCAAAAUACUUUGUCUGCGCUCUAUCCGCGCGAGUAUAAUUAUAAUAUAAUAUAAUAUAAUAUAAUAUAAUAUAAUAUAAUAUAAUAAUAAUAAUAAUAAUAAUAAUAAUAAUAAUAAUAAUAAUUAUUAUUAUUAUUAUUAAGAGAAAAGAACAAAACAGAGAUACUCGUUCAUAGGUUACGUUUUAACUGUAUGUGUAUAUAAAUGUAUAUACGUAUGUACGUGCGUACUCGACAUACGAUAGGCCCUGCGUGUCUAUCCUAUGUUAAGUAUUAAUGUACGUGCGUGUAUACGCGUAUAUAUAUGUAUGUAAAUUAUAUAUAUAAAUAUUCUAUAAUUAUGUAAGUCGAGUUCGUGCGUUGAAAAACGAACGAACAAGGAACCCAAGAUUGAGAUUAGCUGGACGCGCGUUAAUCAAGCGAGUCUAAUUAGAUUAAUUAAAUCUUUAAGUGCAGGAUUAAGUUUAGUCAUUAAGAAGCGAUUAAUUUAUAUACGAAUCGUGCGUAGAACGCGUCCCGAGUUUCGUCGAAGUCCCAAACUUUCAAUGUUUCGAACCUAUAGGAAUGUCAAAUUCCCUCGGUCUAUCGCGAAAAUUUCGCUCCUUGUAACUCAGAUGCCCACCGUGUAUAUUAAGCGAUUCGAUUGAGUGAUCUUAGUUCGUUAAUUCUCCCACCUUGUAUUUAUUAAUAAUUAUAUAUUAAGACUCUUCGUUAUCCUAGCUUUCAAAGUAUUAUACAACAAAUCCUCGUACCACGUACGAUUUGUGUUCUAUCUAUCUGUCUGUGUAUUUUUCUUUUCUUUUCUUUCGUUUAUUAACAAUUUUUGGCUGUGCAAGGCGAAUUUAAUUUUAUAAAUUAUUAUUAUUUCGUUUCUUUUUUCAUAUUAUUAUUUCUCAUAGCUUUUAAAUUAAUAAUCGCUAUAGACCGAGGAACGGUGAAAAGAAAGAAAACGAAUAAAUGAAAAAGUAGAGAAGGAAAAAGUUAAGGCAAGCAAAAUAUCAGGGUACGUUAAAACAAAAAAAACGUGGGGGGGGGGCAACGUUUAUUAUCAUUAUCAUUAUUAUUAUUAUUCUAAUCGUUAUCGGAUGUCGAUAAUCUCGGAACGACGUUUUCGUCGCGCGAGAAGGACGAAGGAUGUGAGAAAUUUCGAGCAAUAAGCGUUAAAAACAACCUUAUGAAGCAUCUACCAUAUUACCACUUUAUCAAUAUGUACCUAUAACGAUAAUUUAUAACGAUAAGCGAGCGUUGCGUACGUUAGUCUUACAAGAUGAAAAUAAAAUCUAGAGAUACGAAAAUGAUAUACUUAAGAAUAUGCUGAGAAAGAAGAAGGGAAAAGGACAUUGAGGGUGGGCUUGGGGGAAAAGCUGAAAGAUUAAAUAAGCGAGAAAGGGAAAAAGAAAAGUGUGAGAGAAAGGGCAUACGCGUAGGAUGAAGGAGGAAGGGUUUAUCAUCCCUUCCGAAUGACAAGUAAUAUUCUCUAGUGAUAUACACAUAUACAUAUAUAUUACUGUAUAUAUGUGUAUUUAUAUAUAUAUAUAUGUAUGUAUAUGUGUAUAUAUAUAUAUAUAUAUAUAUAUAUAUAUAUAUAUAUAUAUAUUAAUUAUAUACGAUAUUAUUAUGACGAUAAUCAUCCCGUAUUAUUAGCGACGAGAAAACUCGCGAGUGAUGUUUAUGACUUAUAAAUGAAAAAAAUAAUACAUUUUAGGGAUGUAAGGGAUAUUAAGCGAAAAUAAGAAAAGGAAGGGAUGAGUUGGCCGAACGAAGGAGCGUACGUCAUCGAUGAUAAACGUGGCCGUGUGCGUGCGUGCGAUAAUGCAAAUGGAAAGAGGAAAAGAUGACAAAGUAUUGGCAAGGAGAGACGAGCGAAAUACCGGGCCUAAAUUUUCACUUAUUCUUGUAAUCCGUCAAGUAUUUUUCCCUAUAGAUUCCUUAAUUUUUUCUUUCUCGAUUUAAUAAUGAGAGAUAACGCGCCCGGUAUCGCAAAUGUGUCUUCCCUCUCUCUUUCUCUCGCUCUUUCCCUCUUCUCCUGCUUCUCCUACUUAACACACGGAAUUUUUGCUUCUCGAGGGGAAGGAAUAGAGAAAGAAAGAGAGAGAACGAGUCUCUGCGUUAUACGAACGCACGUAUACACGUAUACGUAAUGGUACGAUCUCGGUUUUAACGAGAUUAAUUUUUGGAAGCAUUCUCUCUCUCUCUUUCUCUCUCUUUUUCUCUCUCUCUCUCUCUCUCUCUCUCUCUCUCUCUCUCUCUCUCUCUCUCUCUCUCUCUCACUAUCUCUGUUGUACGGCUUGCUCGUCGAAAACAGUCGAGCUUUCGUGAUAUUUGUACUUAACUGUUAAGCCCACUCAAAGUUGGUGUGUUAAAUAAAAUAACACAUUACCGAUUAAUCGAUUAUAACGCAAUUAUCAAAGCGUCGAUAGCAAUAACAUUUUUGGUAGACGAUUACGAUAAAGUUUGGUGCGUUCGACUCGACGAGCAAGCGAACGAAAUCGGCAAUAAUAAAAAUCACGAACGGGGAAAAAUAUUGAUCGUCGUCGACAUUUCUGUGUUCGGAAAUCGUCGAUCGUUCUUCUUCAACGUUUUAAUAAAAAAUCGAUAGAAAAAUGCGUAAUAAUUAUAUAAAAAAAAAAAAAAGAAAAAAAAAAGAAAAAAAAAGAAACAAGUUUCUGCGGUGGAAAACUCGUUCAUCUCUAAGAAGACGAUCGUGAUUUCACGGUGCACGAACUAAAAAAAAAAGAAAAGAAAAGAAAAGAAAAGAAAAGAAAAAAGAUAUAAAAGGUAAGACCAUUGCGGUCGAGAAUUCGUUUUCGAUUGGAAUGCGUCGAGAGAUUCGAUCGUUCGAUCUCUGUUUCUCUCUCUCUCUCUCUCUCUCUCUCUCUCUCUCUCUUUUCCGAUUUUUGUCUCUUCUGACAAGAGAGAAGGAAAGAGAAAGAGAGAGAAAGAGAGAGCGUCAUAGAUCUUUCUCUCUCUUUUCGUGCUUCGUUCCAAUUUUUCAUCCCGACGAAAUGGAUCUCCUUCCUAUUUCUCUCUCAUUUCUCUUGAUUAUUCCCCCCCCCCCUCCCUCUCUCUCUCUCUCUAUCUAUCUGUCUAUCUAUCUCUUUCGCUCUCCUUGAAAUUCAUAUCCCACGCCAAGAAAACACCACUUUGAAUACAUACCUACCUACUUACUACCACCAACGAUCAUAUGUAUUUUACACUGCGGAUGUCGAGAGUAAUUUAUUAUUAGCGUAGCUUGUAUUUUGAUGAGCGCUAACCACCUACUAGUUGAGUGUAUGAAUCAUUAGGUGAAGCAUGCUGGUUGAAUUAUCUUCCACUUAAUCUCUCUAUCUCUUUUCCUUUCAUCGAUAUAUCAUAUAUAUAUACACACACACAUAUAUAUAUAUAUAUACAUGCCUACGAUCAUUUCUCUAUCGCAAUGUGAAAUAAUUUUUGAUUAUCUAUCUUUGAAAAAAUAGAGAGAUGCGAAAUCGUUAAUAACAUUAACGAAAUCAUUAUUAUUUGUUGCAAGAAACAUUGGUCCCACUUUGUCGUUUUAAAAUGAGCCAGUAAACAUAAUUACUGACUCAUUCUGUGUAUGUAUAUAUACACACGCAUAAUGAGUAUAUAUAUAUAAAUCUUGCUUCCUUUACCUGUUCCUUACAUUGGCCAUGCGAUCCAACAUCGAAAGGAGAAAGGGGAAAAGAAUAUAGAUCCCUAUAAACCUUUAAUAUCUUUGUGAUUUUUUCAUCUAAACGCUUUUUUUAAGAACCGAGCUUUCACAGGGAUAUACCGAAAGAAACGAUAAGUAUGGAAUUUAUGAGUCGCGCCGAGUUUACUUUUGAAAUCAAGAUGUUGAUCCGUUGGCCAAUCCACUUUCUCUCUCUCUCUCUCUCUCUCUCUCUCUAUCUAUCUAUCUAUCUAUCUAUCUAUCUAUCUGUCUAUCUCUCUCUAAUCCGCCGUUUUUCGUAAUCUUCCCACGUAUUUUCUUCCAUUCCAUCGAAUAAGUUCGUAACACUCUCUCUCCUCCCCUCUCUCAAUUUCUCUCUCUAAUCUCUCUCGUUCCUACGAUUUUUCAGUUAAGUCGUUUCUUUUCGUCUCUUUUCGUUGCGAAUAUUCUCUCUCUUUCUUUCUUCAUCCAUCUCUUCUUUUUUUUUCGCCUGUGCUUUCGCGAGGAAGAAAGAUGAAUUACAUAAAAAUGGGACUAGGUAUAGAAAGAAAGAGAGAGAAAGAGAGGUGGGGGGGGGAGAAAGAGAGAGUUGACGAACGUAAGAAAAGAUAGAAUGUAUCUCUCUCUUUUCUCUCUUCAACCAUUCGUUUUCCUUCGACAACCGAGACACCCUUAGCCAGCCAUCCAACGCCUAAUUGUGUAAAACCGAUAUUCGAAGACUUGUAUUAUUACUAUUACGUAUGAUUAUGAUUAUGAUUAUUAAUUAAUUGCCAUUAUUAUUAUCAUUACUCUUAUUAUUCUUAUUAUUAAUAUUACUUAUUAUUAUUCUUAUUAUUAUUGUGCAUCAGCAUCGCUAUUACUAUUAUUAUUCUUAUUAUUAGUAUCAUUAAUGUCAUUAUUAUUAGUAAGCUACGAACACGCAAGACACAAAUUCAACACACGCGAUAUACGGGCGCGUAUUCUGACAGACACGUACACACGUACACAGAAAAUAAAAGUAGUAUAAACGCGGAGUGCGUGCGUGCUCGUAGUAUAUUCUUUCGUGACUAUAUACUUUGCCCUUUAUUUUUCUUCGUGCCACUCGCAUGUGCCAUAGAGAACGCGACUUUCACCCUCUGGUCGUCUUUUCUUAUUCGUCCUUGUGUUCACGCAGCAGGCCCACGCACACACCCACACGAAGACACGUAAAGAUUAAUAGAGAAACGCAGAGAAUUUCAUUCGUUAGGGCUGGAGAAUUCACGUCUUCCUCUCACUCGCGCAGUCAUCACACACAUAGAAAACCCCAGCAGCAGCAGCACAAUCUCUUCGUUUAUUUAGUCGAUUUUUACUUACUACACGUUGGAAUAACGUCCCGAAAGAGAAGGGCCAAGGGAUGAGAGAAAUGCGCGCGCGAGAGCGUGCCGAGUGCUCGUUUUUCCUAGUCAAGGGUGAUGUACCAUCCCCCAGCCACCCCUUUGUACGUGUGCGUGUGCGUGUGCGUGUGCGUGUGCGUGUGUUAAACCACGAGAGAAAGACGAUCGAUGGUGUGGUGUGAUGCUAUAUAUCGUUAAUAUCGUUUGGGGAAGCUACCGUCACGCCAAUAUUUUUCAUUCAAUUAACAAUUAACGAUUACAAUUGAAAUGUAGAAUCAUCGGACGAGACUCCUCCUACAUUGACAACCUACUCUUCGUACAAUCAUAUUUUUCAAUGUUAAUAAGAAAGCAAUAUGAUGUUACAAUUGUGAUGGUUAAUAUUGGCCAACAAUACUACCAACGAUUUCAACCCCCGAACCUUCGAUCCCUUGUCAUCUACCGGGUGUUCAUUGAUAAUAAGUCCUGAAUUUCCGAUUUCGCAACUAUAACUUUGUAUUUCACGAUGGAAUAACGAGUUUACGUUAUAUUAUUCAUAUUACGAUUUACGUUCUAAGGCACUGGACACUUACUGUUUUUUUUUUCGUACUUAUCAUUUUCUUUUUCUUUUUUAAUUCCUUUAUUAAUUAUGUACUUAUUAAACAUUCGUUGUAUUUAACGUAAACGCUGUUGUACUUACACUCGCGACAAUUAGUUGUUUUUGUUUUAACGAGAAAAUCUCUUUUCAUCGUUUAAAUGAUCGCGUCUGUUUGAUCUGAUUUUUCUUUUAUUUUAAGUUAGAAAUUAUUUUUGUUUAUUUAAAGUUCGUGAUUGAUAACGAUAACGUUUUACUUGCACGCACGCAUCUCUACACAUAAUCAUGUUACAUACACAUAGGCAUACAUACAGCUAUGUUCAUCCCAUUCGCAUAAAUUCCGUUGUUCAUUAAUCGAACGCAGGAGCGAGAGUAAUACGCGACGAAUGAAACGUCGAACAAAAGAAGGAAACAAAAAAAGAACAUGAACGUAUUAAUUAGUUUAGAUAAAUGCUUAGAAAAAUUGCCAAUAAAGUAGUCGUUUAAAACUGGUA